CCUUUCCCACUCAAAGGAUGGCGGUUCCUUCGACUUCCUCAUAACACGGUCUUCGAAGCAGAACAAAACCAGGACGCGCACAGAAUAAUAAAAACGAAAACCGGAGACGCAGACAAUAGUUGGAGCUCGAAGAAUGGAGGAAAUAGACGAAACGGAAGCCCAACCUCAGGUCUAUAUGGCAUGCAUCCUACAUGGCCAUCGGGUUGGGAUUUCUUACUAUGAUUCCAGUAUUCGCCAACUGCAUGUGCUUGAAGUUUGGGAAGAUGGAAGUUCAGACUUCCCCCUAAUUGAUCUGGUAAAAUAUCAGGCGAAGCCUUUGAAUAUUUACACAAGCACUAAAUGUGAAGAGUCCUUCUUAUCUGCUUUACAACGAAGUGAUGGCACAACUGAGGCUCCUAUGGUGAAACUCGUAAAAAGUUCAAUAUUCAGCUAUGAGCAAGCCUGGCACAGAUUGAUUUACCUUCGAGUGACAGGAAUGGAUGAUGGGCUAAAUAUCAAGGAGAGGGUUUCAUAUCUGAGUUCCAUGAUGGACAUAGGAAGUGAUGUUCAAGUUCGAGCAAGUGGAGGUCUUCUUGCCAUAUUAGAAAGUGAAAGGAUUGUAGAUACCCUUGAGCAAAAGGAAUAUGGAAAUGCAUCAAUUACUAUCGAUUCUAUCGUGGAAAUUUCACUAAACAAAUUUCUUAAACUUGAUGCAGCAGCUCAUGAAGCAUUGCAGAUUUUUCAAAUCGACAAACAUCCAAGCCAUAUGGGCAUUGGCAGGGCAAAAGAAGGGUUCUCUGUGUUUGGCAUGAUGAAUAAGUGUGUGACGCCCAUUGGUAAACAUCUUCUGAGAAACUGGUUCCUGAGGCCUUUGCUGGAUGUGGAAAAUUUGAAUGGUCGACUCAAUGCUAUUUCAUUCUUUCUUUGUUCCGAAGAACUGAUGGUUUCUUUGCGAGAAACAUUGAAGUCUGUCAAGGACAUUAAGCGUAUACUCAGAAAGUUCGACUCACCAAGCUCCCUGUCUACUGUUGGUGACUGGACAGCCUUUCUGAAGAGUGUUUGUGCGCUCUUGCAUUUGGGAAAGAUAUUUGAAGUAGGAAUUUCUGAAAAUCUUCAAGAGCAUGCUAAGUACUUAAAUCUGAACAUUGUUGAACAGGCUUGUUCAUGCAUCACAACAGAGCUGGCUUAUGUCUAUGAAUUGGUGAUUGGUGUUAUUGAUGUUAAUAGAAGUAAAGAGAAGGGUUACGGGACAAUAGUGAAAGAAGGUUUCUGUGAUGAGUUGGAUGAGCUUAGGCAAAUCUAUGAAGAACUUCCAGAUUUUCUGCACAAGGUUACUUUAUUGGAGCUUGCACAACUACCCCAUUUGGGUAAAGAGAAGCUCGUUCCUUGUAUUGUUUACAUACAUCAAAUAGGGUACUUGCUGUGUAUUUUUGAAGAGAAACUUGAAGAAACCUCACUGUUGAAGCCUCAAGAUUUUGAAUUUAUGUUUUUCGAUGUUGAUGGAGAGACUAAAAGAUAUUUCUAUCGUACUCCAAAGACAAGAGAAUUGGAUGAACUUCUGGGAGACAUUUACCACAAGAUACUUGAUAUGGAAAGGGCAAUCACUAGGGACUUGGUUUCUCAUGUGCUUCUCUUUUCUGACCAUCUGCUUAAGGCUAUAAAUUUUGCGGCUGAACUUGAUUGCAUUUUGUCACUGGCCAUAGUUGCUCAUCAAAACAAUUACGUGAGGCCUAUUUUGACUGAAGAAAACUUGCUUGACAUUCAAAAUGGAAGACAUGUUUUGCAGGAAAUGACAGUAGACACAUUUAUUCCUAAUGAUACAAAGAUUCUUCAUGAUGAAAGGAUCAUUAUCAUCACAGGUCCAAAUUAUUCCGGGAAGAGUAUAUAUAUAAAGCAGGUUGCUUUAAUUGUUUUCCUUUCUCACAUCGGAAGUUUUGUACCAGCAGAUGCUGCCACUGUGGGAUUGACUGAUAGGAUAUUCUGUGCAACUGGAAGCAAGCUUAUGACUGCAGAACAAUCAACAUUUAUGAUAGAUCUGCAUCAAGUAGGACUGAUGCUAAGGCAAACAACUUCACGAUCUUUGUGUCUGUUGGAUGAAUUUGGUAAAGGUACUUUAACUGAAGAUGGCAUUGGUCUCCUUGGUGGAACUGUAAAUUACUUUGUUGCAUGUGAUGACCCUCCAAAGGUUCUGAUGUCCACUCAUUUGACUGAGUUAUUUAAUGACGGUUGCUUACCAGAGUCUGAGAAGGUGAAAUUUUUCACCAUGAGUUUGCUGAGACCUGACAACAACUCUACGGACAUCAAGGACAUUGUGUUUCUCUAUCGGUUAGUUCCUGGACAUGCACUUCUUAGCUAUGGACUCCAUUGUGCUCUGCUAGCCGGCGUCCCUGAGGAAGUUAUUAAGAGAGCAGCAUUCAUAUUGGAUACCGUCGGGAGCAGCAAUUAUGUUGAGCGAUUGUGCAAUGAGAAUUUAUCAGCCCAGGAUCAACUAAACAAGGAGACGGUUGACCGGAUGCUGGAAUUUGAUGUUUUCAAGGGAGACAUCAAUCUCUUCUUCCAGGAUAUAUUUCCUUGUUAAUCCAAAGAACAUCAAAUCAAAUGUAUCCUUUGUCUAUCGUCGUAGAAGCAUCACCUUACCACCUACAAAAUAUAUGUCUCCUUUCAGCAUUAUUUCCUCGCUGUCAAAGCAAAACAAAUGCACUCCCAUCUCCACUUGAUUUCCCAGCCCAUUUACAUACGAUGCGAUAGAUAUAGAACAUCAGGGAUAAUUCUUUGGUCCCUUGGGAUGGUUUCAUAGUGGAAGACAACAUUGUCAUAAACUUCAGUCUUGGUAUCUUUUCAUGUUUUCUUCCUCCUGAUAAAAAUCCAAGGUUUUGAUC